UUUGGUAGGUAAGUAUACAAAUUUAGACAGAGCUCAGAUCAAAGAGUAUAAUAAUAUAUGUAUAGUAAGCUCAGAUGUACCUGCUUCAUUGACAUGAAGAAAUGGGGCUGUUGAGCAACACUGGGUUGCAGCCAUCUGUGCCGCAGAAGUCUACAGAAGCUUCUAGAAAUACACAGCAGAGUCCAGUAGAGCUAAAAUGCUCAGUGACGCCGGCGCCGUUCAUGCUUCGGCCGUAUGCGGGGCUCUACAACCCAUUCUCGCACGGCUGCUCGGUGCUGUGCAACCACCCGGCUGAUACCGAAGCCAAGGAGUUUGUGAGGCGAGCUAAAGACUCCUGGCUAUUGGAGGGUAAAACACAUUGUUUCGGUGAGGACCUGACCAAGAUUCAAGAUUUGAAUGGCCCGGAUAAAGAUAAGAUCCGGACUCCUCAUGACAUCGUUACAGAGGACAUGUUUAGAAGAUAUACUGAAACAGACUCACGACCACUAACGCCCGCUCCGACCCUCGCCAGCGGCAAGUCCAGAGGCUCCCGAAGAUGCCUUACCCCCGACCAGCCGCACCACAGAACCACCAUUGUUCUAGACCUAAGAAGAAGCCACAGCCAGGAAACAUUAUACUACCACGGCUACACAACCUCCGACAUGACAGCAGGCCACGGAACCAGCGCCACCAACGACCGCUCGCUGCCAUCGCUGAGUCUUUCAGAAGGCGCUCACAGCCGCCUCAUCAAAGGGCAGUGCGAGCAGCUGCCUCCGCUGGCGUCACCACUUGUGCUGUCCAAGCGGGCGCCAGUCAUUAAGGAGAGCGAUACAAGUCGGGAAAAUAAAAAGAAUCAGUUGAAAGCCCUAAAGCUGGGAAAGGUCAUCAAGAGCAAGAAUAAAGCUGACGCACCACCAGCGUCACACCGGUCCAAGUCGGAGAAAGACACCAAUGACGGAAGCGAAACUGUUAGAGGCACGCUAGAUGGCUCUGGAGACGGCGAGAUCCGCAGGCGUGGCAAGAAGCACCGUAAGAGGCCCACCGGUAGCGACCGCCUCACGUCCGCAGGUCUCGCCGCGCAAUCGCAGCAGGAUCCGGAAACACAAAUCGCUGGCAUCGGCACAGACUCCCAAAACCCCAGCUCCCGCGGCUCCAUAGCUCCGGUCGACGAUGACGUCAUAGUUCUACCGGUCAUCAAACAGACUACAACUAAGAAGACAGACUCCUUCUUAGAUGAUGACAUAUUGAAGUAUCUACACAGGGAGGUGGAUGAAGAGGCCAUUGAAACUGAGUUUGAUGCUAAGCGUCGCUACGUCCUAGAGGAAGCCCUACGCACCCGGCCAGAGCGGCCGCCAGGGCAGGAGAUGCAGACCCUGCUCCGAGAGCUGAAGGUCCCCGUCGCUAGUCUGGGCGACUGGCUUCACAUUCCGAGGGUCUUCUCCCGGCAGAGCGCGCAGUUUUCGCUGCCCAUCGACUCUAAUGAGCUAGAGAACAUAACUCCAAUGCAGUAUGCGGCGCGUUUCGUAACCCUGAAAAAGUCAAAGCAGUUGUUGUACCUGACGGUGCUCAGGAGGUUUAGACCCGAGAGCUAUAGGAUGCCAAUACAGGACAUUGAAGCAGGCCUCGCGCUCAUGAUGGGCGGCAUCCUCAACACAGCGCAAGUGGAACAGUUCCGCUCCAUAAUGCAGUGGCCGGGGUACGAAGAAGAAGAUAUCCCAGACGAGAUCAAACUCACCCUCGAGGGACAUAGGGAACGAAGGGCCUCCAAGGAUAGUGAUGAGCCAGACGUCAACACGCUGAAGUACCGCACUUGGUGCGGCCUCUGCGCCAUCUGCGAGCGCAUGUACGGCAGGUUUCCGCCAAGAGACAAGGACCCGCCAGACGGGAUGGAGCUAAGCGAUUUCACUAUGGUGGAGACGAAGUUAGCCAUGUUGAAAGUCAACGCUGGGUUGAUUGAAGUUCUAAAUACUAUCAGGGUGCGAUAAAGUGUUAUGUGUACAUCAGUCGGCAUUAAAUAUAGGGUUAUUGCGUUAGUUUACCGUCUAGUGCCUGUUUCCGUCCACUUGGCGUAGUUGCUACAGAUUUGCGUAUAAUUUGAUUAUAUACCUGUAUAUUCAAAUGAUACGCAAUUCUUUGUAGCAACUACGCCGCUUACGUGGACGGAAACAGGCACUGGACGGUGAACUGACGCAAUGACCCUAUUAUAUAGCUGCAAAAGUGGUAAAAUAGUUCGUUACACCAUAUAUUUAGUACGGUGUGACGAACUAUUUGGCCACUAUGGCUGCUACAAUAUAUUUGACACUAACUGUACAUCGCUUAAUAAUAUCCUCAUUUUUUGAAGUCGGUUAAAAAUAACAACUUUUUAUAUAAGUAUAUUUUAUAGGCUAUUACUUUAUCUAUUUUGAUACAAGAAUAAAUACUUUCUAAAUAAAU